AUGGUAGCUCAAUCAGACGGCAAGACCUCGCCGUGGCUGUCCCUCACCGCUGGGGGCAUUGCCGGCGGUGUGGAAAUGGCGUGCACAUAUCCCUUCGAAUUCGCCAAGACGCGAGUGCAACUCUAUGGACACCAAAAGGGAUCGCGGAACCCAUUCGCCAUCGUCCUGCGCGUUGCUCGCGAGGAGGGGUUGUCGGCUCUGUACAAGGGAUGCAGCACGAUGAUCGUGGGCUCCAUCGGCAAGGACGCCGUCCGGUUCGUCGUGUUCGACAGCAUCCGCUCGGUGUUCGAAGAUAAGGAAACGCAUACCAUGAGCCCUAUGCAGAGCAUAGGUGCUGGAAUGGUGGCUGGCAUUGCGGGCAGUACAGUCAUCGUAACGCCAAGCGAGCGCAUCAAGACGGCGUUGAUCGAUGACGCCAAAACAACAAAAAGAUUCAACGGUGCGAUACACUGCAUCACGACACUCACCCGCGAGCAAGGUGUGCUCAAGGCUUUGUGGCGAGGAUACAUCACGACGACUUUGAAACAAAUCGGUACCACGGGUUUCCGACUUGGCAGCUACAGCAUCAUGAAGGACUUUGAGCGAUCGCGAGGCAUUAGCCCCGACGGGCCGAUAAUGAGCUUCGCCAACGGCGCCCUUGCCGGGACUGUGACUACAAUCGCGACGCAGCCAUUCGACACAAUCAAGACGAAAGCGCAGCAGGCAAAGGCGGUCGGCACCAUGGAGUCAUUUCGAACCAUCAUGGCUGAAGACGGAGUCAAGGGUCUCUGGAGAGGCACUGUCAUGCGCCUAGGCAGAACGGUGCUGUCGGGCGGCAUUCUGUUUACGGCCAACGAAGAAGUUAUGAAAGUUCUCAAGGUUCUUACAGGCAAAUGA